GCGACUACUAAACUAACCUAGAAUUAUGUUAGGUUAGAUAUCGGGUUGACACAAGUUUAAAGGAAAAAUAUUCCCAGAGACCAUGGCUCUAACACUAAAUGUAGCCUCUAGAUCAUGUUCUGUGUUGAAACUCAUCGAGGAAAAACUCAGAUUGUUAAGUGUUUCCACCACUUUUCAACGGGAAAGCCAUUAUCAAAAGCGCCCUAAACCCCGCUUGCGGAACCCCAGCUGGUUGACUCCUAAAGCAAGAACAAUUGGAGAAGAAAAUUUUACCCCAGAAAACAGAGAUUUCCUCGCGGAAAUAGUGGACGACAAACUGAAACAAUGCACGGAAAAGUCUAAGCAAAUCGUGACCAGUCCAGUUCCAUGGACUCCAAAGUUGCAAAGAACCGGCGUGAUUGCGAAGAAAAUCGGAAUUUAUCCUCUGUGGUUGAAGAACGGGACCCGAAUUCAAACGACAUUACUACAGGUGCUGGAUAACCACGUUAUCAGAUAUUACACCCCUGAAGAGUACGAGCCUGUACAGCAGCUCAGGCCAAGAGUGUACAACAAGAAGGGGUGUCUUUUAGUGGGCGCUGAAUUAGGAGACCCUUCCACAUUUACCAGGGAAUACUGCGGAUUGUUCAAAGAGUCUGGCGUACUUCCAACCAAGUUGCUGGGACGUUUUUUCGUCAGUCCAGAUGCCUCGCUGCCUCAAGGAACCACUAUUAAUGCCCAACAUUUCCAAGUUGGUAACUACGUUGAUGUGCGAGGAAAAACGAUUGAUCGAGGCUUCCAAGGCGUUAUGAAGCGGCACGGGUUCAAAGGAAUGCCAGCUAGUCAUGGAGUCACAAAGUCCCAUCGCAGGGUAGGAAACAUUGGAGCCGGAGGAGAAAAAGCCAGAGUUUGGCCCGGCAAGAAGAUGCCUGGUCACAUGGGUAACAGAUUCAAGAUGGCCAAAGCCCUGAAGAUCUGGAGAAUUAACACCAAGUACAAUGUUCUUUGGGUGUCUGGCCAGGCCAUACCUGGGGAAACCAACUCGAUAGUGUACGUCUACGACACUCAAUUACCGACGAAGACGCCGCAAAAGCCGCUGCCAUUCCCAACGUUUUUUGAGAAUGAGAAUGAAACCGCACCUGAAGACAUUUUUGAUGAAGAAGUUCACUCGUUUGCCGAUUCGACCAUUUUAUUUGACGAGAAAUAGCGGAGGUAAAUUAGGACUUUAACUAGAAAAAUAAGUAAAUUUAAUACAUAUAUUACACCUUGAAUAGUGGA